UCAGAGCAGAAUAGAUUAGGAUGCAGCCAGUCUGGGCAUCAUUGGUCCUUUAUGCUUCUCUAGUGUCCGAGAGCCAGCACUCUCCAAACAACACAAUCUGCAGAGGGAGCAGGAGGUGCAGAAUCCACACUGGGGUGAAAUCAGCCGGUAUUAGCGAUGGGCUGUGUGCUUUCUGGUCUAAACUGGUCACGGAGAGCUUCUUUGGCUGAGGUAGCACCUGAGCCUAUAUUGCCCACCCUCAACCUGACCCCUGACCAACAACUACUACUUGUGGAGUCAUGGCGGCUUAUACAGGAGGAUAUUGCUAAAGUUGGGGUUAUUAUGUUUAUCAGGCUGUUUGAGACUCAUCCAGAAUGUAAGGAUGUUUUUUUUCUGUUCCGUGAUGUGGACGAUUUACAGGCACUGAGAGCCAGCAAAAACAUGCGUGCCCAUGGUCUAAGAGUCUUAUCAUUUGUGGAAAAAAGUGUGGCCCGGAUAAAUCAUCCCAUGCGCCUACAGGAGUUGGUACUGGAACUUGGAAGAAGUCACUUCACAUACAACGCUCAGCCUAAGUAUUACCAGUAUGUGGGAGCGGAAUUUAUAGCUGCUGUACGUCCAAUUUUAAAAGAAAACUGGACAGUAGACGUGGAGGAGAGCUGGAAGAGUCUUUUUACAUAUAUCUGCCUACUAAUGGAGAAGGGGUAUCAGGAAGCAGAAAUGAAUAGCUUUAGUGGGAAAGCCAAAACACAGCAAGACCAGGCGGCUACAUCUGUGUAA